GCGAAAGGUCCAAGCGAAGAUUCCCUUGUUCUGGUUCCCAGGCAAAACGUGACAGACGCGUCCGAUGCCACUCAUCACUCACUCAUUGAUUAUCAUUUCAUUGUUCUUUUAUCUCAAUCUCGUAUUGUUUGUCUCGAUCCAGUCUCUACCGCAGUCUCGGGUGAUGGUAUAAGGAGUGGACUGCGUCGGCAAUUGUUCGCCAACAACACCUUAAUGCCACUGAAUAGGAAGACAUCAAAAUAUCCUAACCUCGUAAAGCACAAGCACACACGCCUCGAAUGGACUCCAGCCCGGACAGCAACGGGCGGCCUGCCCUGCCGGUCGAGCUGCACGCUGCAACUCGAGAGAAGCACCAUGCGCUAAACACUUCAAUCAUGGCACGACUACCACUUUGCUUGCCACCGAGUACAAACACGCGACUUCUCUAUGCCAAAGGCAUGACCGUGUAUGGCCAAAUAUACUUCGCCUUUGAGCAAUUCCUAGAGUCGUCACUUGCCUCAGCCAAUCAGGAUCCUCGACUCCGAGACAUCUAUCAGAAGAUCUACUUUCCCUCUCUUAUCAGAACGACCAGACUACGGCAUGACCUCGACGCCUUGAAGUCGACACUGGACGAGCAUCUCGCAGAGGAAGUCGAUCAACUGGUGAAAGAUUCGCAGGCCUUCUUCUCAGGCGUUACCGCCUCCUUGUCCGAGAAGCCACACGUGCUACUGUCCUACGUAUGGGCUAUGUAUCUCGCUCUUUUCAACGGUGGUCGUUGGAUUCACCGACAGCUUGCAUCAGCAGGAGCAGAAUUCUGGGGCAACAAAACACUUCCCCUGUCGUUUUGGGGUUUCGAGAAAAACGACGACUGUGGUAUGGACGGCGAAAACCUCAAGGUUCAGUUCAAGACUGCAUUUAUGGAGGCGUCUUCGCUCUUGACGGAUGCGGAGAGGGACGAGGUGAUCGAGGAGACAAAGAAGCUUUUCGACAUGUGUUCAAAGAUGGUGCUUUACUUGGACAACACGAAGUCAACUGAGCCUUUGGCGCAGUCAAGCGACACCGAGCCUGUUCUUUCUGGGCUUUCCACUUCGACUCUUUCGAUGGCGACGCUUUGGGGUUACGUAGCCUCCUCUUUUGCGGCGUUGAGGCCAGGGUACAAGUCGGCGUGGGAGCGCAGAGUUGCGAUGGUGGAUUGAGCCUCCAUCCUCCAAUGCUGACUAGCCAAAACGACGCGUGGCAGCUAUGGACAGAACUACUCACUCACUCCUGUCGGGUAUGAACAUCGACUCCGAAAAAGAACACGUUGGAAUCGACAAUACAGCGACAUCCACCUGCGCUUUGCACAAGGAAGACCUGAGAUUCGACGUCCCAUGGUCCCAGU